UGAAGAAAACUUUAGUCGGUUUUAAUCCCAUUAUUGAGAAGACUAUUCUCAGAAACUCUCAGUAACCUUUUAGCUGAAUGUACUUCACAAGGCUAUCCUUCAGCCGAUGACAUCCAAAAUUGGUCGUUAGCUGAGGGCCGUUAUCAAAUCAAGCGCCGUGAGCAUGAAGACUGCACAUGUGACCCACCAGCAUGCCAGCCAGCUUCUCCACAACAAAUUUGUGGUUGUUCUGGGUGACUCAAUUCAGCGUGGGGUAUACAAAGAUCUUGUUCUCAUCCUACAAAAAGACAACUACCUGUCUAAGUCUCAACUGAAGACCAAGGGAGAGGAGGAAUUUGAGAAUGAUGUGCUGAUUGAGGGCGGCAGGAGAGGACAGAUGACCAACGGAACUGAGUACAAGGAGGUCAGACAGUACACUUCGGACCACCACCUCGUUCGCUUUUAUUUUAUCACUCGCAUAUAUUCCGAGUAUGUGCGGAGCAUUUUAAAAGAGUUUGAAAAUGGACUAAAACCGGACGUGGUCCUCAUCAACUCUUGCGUGUGGGACGUCUCCAGAUAUGGGCGACUAUGGGAGACAGACUACCUGGAAAAUCUGACCUCGUUUUUCAGGAAGCUGAGAACCAUCCUUCCAGACGAGGCUUUGAUUGUCUGGAACAUGACCAUGCCUCUGGGCAAAACCAUUAUUGGUGGCUUUUUGGUGCCAGAGAUUGCAGAGCUGGGCCCGUCGCUGCGUUUCGACAUCAUUGAGGCCAACUACUGCAGCUCCACGCUUGCCAACGUGUACGGCCUGGACGUGCUGGACCUGCACUUCCAGUUCCGCUUCAGCCUGCAGCACCGCAUGAGGGACGGGGUGCACUGGAACGCCGUGGCCCACCGGCGCAUGACCUGCCUUCUCCUGGCGCACAUCGCCAACGCCUGGGGCGUUGAGCUGCCGGCGUCGCAGCCGCCGACAGGACUGAAUCAGAGUUUCUCUGAGCAGGUUCCGGCCAACAGGGAGAUCCACCACCACCAAACAAGAUAUACUCAGUCAGUCACUAGGUGGAGACCCAAGGAAAGGAGGGUCAACUACUACCGGCCACCUGCCGCCCCCUUGAUGACUCCACACUGCUUUGAAGGAUCCCAUGACCGGUGGAUGGAACCUUAUGUCCGAGGCCGCCAUGACCAGUGGAUGGAACCUUCUCAUGUCCAAGCUGUUCCAGGACGCUAUGACCAGUGGAUGGAUUCUUCUCAUGUCCGUGUUCAAGAACCAAAUGGAUUCAACAGGUAUGGACAGAUCUACAUGGAUCAGUACCUAGACAGGGAGCCUCAUUUCAGGGAGUCAUACUUUCCAAGAGACCAAAAUUUGUCCAGAGACUACAUUCCACCUUGGGCUGGGCAGGCUUAUGGUGAUGACUAUGGAUAUGUGAUGCGGAAGAAGUACUCCAGGCAAACCCAGUACAGGCCAUACUGAGGGCCCUUUCCCUUCCUUUUAGAUUAUAGUUCGGAACAGGUUUUAGAAUUGUCAUUGUUUUAUGUAUUGUUGUAUAACUUUUGAAUUUACAUUUUCAUUCUGAAUAAAAUGUGUUCUAUUCUUUUA